UCCUGGAAAUACAAUUAAAACUAACACUGAUUCAUGAUUUCCUCAGUUCAUUCAACCCGUCAAAAGUUCACGCAGCCACGCCUGAUGAAAAGAUUACAGUCAGAAGAAGGGGGAGAUUACAGUAGGGGAAAGACGUCGUUGAAUGAAAAGAUGAGCAGAAAGAGGAGACCUUACUUCCGAAGACAGUGGAAGCGGAUCGAUGUUAUAAGGACAUUGACGGUCGCAUCUUCGCAUUUGCUUUGUCUCUUGGCGCCAUUUUACUUCACAUGGGAAGCCCUCAGGCUCAGUUUGACGCUUUACCCCGUGGUUUCACUCGGCAUUACGCUGUCUUACCAUAGGAACUUGGCUCACCGAAGCUUCAAGCUUCCGAAAUGGCUUGAGUAUCUCUUCGCUUAUAUCGGCCUUUUCGCUCUUCAGGGUCAUCCAAUUGAUUGGGUAAGCGUCCAUCGUUUCCACCACCAAUUCACUGAUUCGGAUCGUGAUCCACACAGCCCACUCGAAGGAUUAUGGUUCAGCCACUUCAUAUGGAUAUUUGACACCGAGUACAUAAGAGAAAAGUGUGGAGGGCGUAACAAUGUGGGAGACUUGAAGCAGCAAUGGUUCUACAGAUUCCUUCAAAGGACCCUUGGUCUCCACGUCUUAGGGCUUUCGAUCACCCUAUAUUUUUGGGGUGGGUUUCCCUGCGUUGCAUGGGGCAUGGGCGUCGGUAUCACGUUCGGAUACCACACGACUUGGCUGAUAAACUCAGCAUGCCAUGUUUGGGGAUCCCGAGCUUGGAAGACCAACGACACCUCUCGCAACGUUUGGUGGCUGAGCGUAUCCUCGUUCGGCGAAAGUUGGCACAACAAUCACCACGCAUUCGGGUCAUCAGCCAGGCACGGCCUCGAGUGGUGGCAGAUAGACCUCACUUGGUACGUCAUUAGAUUCCUCGAGGCUGUCAGAUUGGCCACCGACGUGAAGCUCCCGACCAACUCCCAGAUACGGAGGAUGGCUCUAAUUCAUUGAACAUGCAAAAUAUUUGUCCGAUAUUCGAUCCCAAUCUCAUCCUUAUAGUACCAGUUUAAAAUUUACAUGUGUUAUGCAAGCGAAAAUUUUAUGUUUAAAUGACGUAAAAUAUACAAUAAAUAAAUUGACCGAGUCAGCCGUCAGUAAAGAUAUUUA